UUUUAUUUUAUUUUUUCUAUUUGUUUGGUUACUCAGAAAAUUCCCACUCCAUAUUUUCCCGUACAAUCAACCAAAACAAAGCACGCAUAAUUCUCUGAAAGAUUUUGCCGCCCUCACUCGUUUCGACCAAUUUCAACAUCUUUCUCUAGAUUCGAGUUUCUCCAUUACUCUUUUGACUGUCUGAUGGUUUCCUAGGGUUUCCGUAUUUCGUUCGUCAACAAUGGAAGCUUAGCAGGUUUGGCGAUUGGGAAAAGCUUUUCACAUUUUGAGGAGAUGUUGACUAAUGUUUUCAAAAUUGGAGGUCUUCAUCAAAUUUCAUGGUUCCAAUUUCUUCCCCAUGAAUCAGAUUGGAUAUCUAUACCCGAUAAAAGUUUGAAAGGGGAGCAGAAAGAUGCUGCUACGAUGCUUGUGCUUUCAUCACAUCUGCAGUUGCAGAAGGAAGGAUUUCUCAGCACUUGGACUAAUUCCUUUGUUGGACCCUGGGAUCCAUCUCAGGGUUUGCACAAUCCUGAUGAGAAAAUCAAGUUGUGGCUUUUUCUUCCUGGACAUCAUUCAUCUGUCACUGAGUCUGCUCAAGCUGCCGUAUCUCGACUAAGAGUUGUUAAAUUUGGGCUUUGGUUGGCCCCGGGAGACUCUGAAGAGGUUGCCACUGCCCUUUCACAGGCUUUAAGGAAUUGCAUAGAAAGAGCUCUCUAUGGACUCUCCUAUAUGAGAUACGGAGAUGUGUUUUCAAAGUUCCGUCCAUCUCAAAGUGAAGAAACAUUCAGAAGAGGGCAGCAUACGAUUGAAUUCAUAUUUGCUGCAACGGAAGAGGGAAUUUUUGUGCAUGCUAUAAUAUCUUCAAAGCAUAUCCGCGCUCUUUCAAGUGGUGACUUAGAGAGAGUGUCGAAGCAAUCUUCUAAUAACUCUAGUUACAAACUUCCAGUGGUUGUUUCUCCUCAUGGAAUACGUGGCAGACUUACUGGAUGUUGUUCUGAUGAUCUCGUAAAACAGUUAUACUUAGGUUCCAACAAGUUUAAGGCUUCAAGUGGUUUAAUUGGUCUUCCAAAUCAUGUUUCUCAAGGAUCUGGUUGCCAACUUGGGGGACAACAUUGCUAUGUUGAAGUAACCCUUGGUUGCAAUAGAUCAGAAGGUGAUGGGCAAUUGAAUUCAAACUCAAAUUUCAACAAGAAUACACCCCAGCACCAUGUUGCUGAUUCUUCUGCUUUGGGAAAAGCUGAUCAAAAGGGAGCUGUUGAUAACAUAUCAGUUUACGAGAAAACAUUUCUAUAUCCACCGGAGGCAGUGCUUGUUCCGGUCUUGCAAAAAUCAUUUACAAGAUCCUCUCUUAAAAGAUUUUGGCUGCAGAAUUGGAUAGGACCCUCAUUAGCUGGCUCAGCUUUUUUUGUGCAAUGUGCUGACAAUGUAGAUUGUUUGGAAGGAUUGAAUGAAAUCAAUAAUAAACGCUCACAGCAUGGUUAUAAUAGUAGCAGCAACAGUAAUAACAGCAGCAUUAGUAGCAUAAGCAGCAGCUCCAGUGAUAGUGAUUAUAAGAUGACCAUUGGCACCAGUGAACUUGAGGCUGAUGCCGAUUCAUUGACCUGUGGACAAUCUGGUUUAUCAUCUAAUGAUCAGAUGGAGAUGGAUUUUCCCAAAUUGGGUUCCAAGCGUCCACGGCCAGGGAUGACAGAGUCAUACGGUCAAAUGGGCGCUGCUUCAAAUUUUCCCAUGCAAGAUUCAUACAAGUCUGAUCUUGGUCCUGGAGAAGUCAAUAAUUCAGUGAUUACAGGAGUUGCAAACGAGCAGAUUGGAUCUUAUUGGGAUUGGGAUGAUGACGAUAGAGAUGUGGGUACAGAUAUUCUAGCUCUUCUUCAUGAGUUUGGAGAUUUUGGCGACUUCUUCGAAACUGAUGCCUUACCUUUUGGAGAGCCCCCCGGAACUGCAGAAUCACAGGCUCUUAUGUUCUCUGCACCAGAUUGUGGUGAUAUACUUAGCAGUCCAGGUGGGAUCAUGGAUGUUUCAGAUCCAUUGCUUUCAAAUGACGGUUUUACUUCCUUUGACAGCUUUAAUCCACCUCAAGCAGCUAAUGACGAGGUUCUCAGCAAAAAUCAAGGAGUCAUAAAUACCUUCUCUUCAUUGAAUUUAGUAAAUCAAUCUGUAGCAUCUUCUACAAUUUCUAGUGAGUUUGAUCAUAUUAUAAAAGCUGAGGCUCUGAUGACAUUUGCCUCUGAAUUUGGGGCAGUGGAAGCUCCGUCAAGUGAGUUAUCUUCAUCCAUCUUCAGAAGCCCAUACUGCCCCAAAUCUCGGAAAGUGGAGAGUUCAAGCUCAAGCUCAAACAAUUACAUAUAUGGUGCAACACCUCCGAGUUCUCCUUGUUUUGAUGGAACUGAUGAGAAAACUGGCACACUCGUGAAUCCAAAAACUUGCAACAAUUUAAAGCAAAAUUCAAGUACUACUGUCCAGUCAAAGAACUGUUACACUCUUGUAGUGAGUGUGAAAGACCAACACGAUAGAAGAUCUUGUAACAACAGCAUUGUUGCAUCUGAUGGUGUGGCAGCUUUAUCUUCGAAUGUCAGUUCCAUAAAUGCUACUAACUCUGCCCAGAGGAAACUUCAUGAUAGCACAUUUGAUUCAGAUAAUCUAUUUCUCUCUAAGAAAACCGCGCUUGCAACUGAAGUUGAAUGCCUUAUGUUCCAAGCUUCCAUGUGUAGGAUUCGACAUACCCUAUUAUCUUCAAGUAGCUCUACAUCAGUAGGUUUAAGCAGGUUAAAUUCAAACACUAUUUUAAAUCAGCAUCCUAGUGAACCAAGUAUGAUGACAGACAAUCUAUCCAGCAAGUAUGAGGUGAAGAAGAAAGAAUCUAUACCAGUUAGAAUAGCUGGUGAUAUUGAUGGAAGAAUGCUAGAUGGGCAUCUCAAUGCUCCUGUUGGUGUUUGGCGCUCUGUUGGUGUUCCUAGGGUAUCAAAACCAACAAAUUCACCAAGCAUGGAAGUUAGCCCAUCUUUGCCUCAUAAUACCUUCAACGAGGAAGGUAUUCUUUCUUAUGGGCAAAGACAACCACUUCAAGAGCUUCUCGAUGGAAUGACAUUACUUGUCCAACAAGCUACAUCCUUCGUCGAUCUGGCUCUUGACGCGGAGUGUGGUGAUGGACCUUAUGGUUUGCUUGCACUACAAGAACAGUGGAGGAAGGGAUUUUCCUGUGGGCCUUCCAUGGUUCAUGCAGGUUGUGGGGGAACUUUGGCAUCUUGUCAUUCCUUGGACAUUGCUGGAGUGGAGUUGAUUGAUCCACUUACUGCUGAUGUAUAUGCUUCCUCCGUUGUUAGUCUGCUGCAAGCUGACAUUAAAUCAGCUUUAAAGUCUGCAUUUGAUGCUCUGGAUGGACCAUUGUCCGUCACUGAUUGGUGCAAAGGGCGUAACCAAUCAGGUGAAGCAGGGAACACAGGUGAUGGAUAUUCUGCUGAAUCAAAUCUAAGUGAAUCAAGUUCUGCAGCAGUAUCUAUCGGGGAACCAAUGAGCCCAUCUCAAACUUCCAGUGGACCAUCUAGCCUCAAAGACGGUGUGAAAAUGGAUGAGACAUGCCAAAGGAGAUUGAACCAAGAGAACUGUAGUUCUGAAGCAGAUCCGUCAGUAGGCUCUCGGCUUAGGCCAACGCUUUUUGUUGUUCCUUUGCCUUCUAUACUUCUUGGGUAUCAGGAUGAUUGGCUUAAGACAUCAGCGAGUUCUCUACAGCUCUGGGAAAAGGCUCCCUUUGAACCAUAUGCCCUGCCCAAACCUAUUACUUACUGCGUAGUAUGCCCAAACAUUGAUCCACUUACUUCUGAAGCUUCCGAUUUUUUCCAACAAUUGGCAACUGUUUAUGAGACAUGCAAGCUAGGAACUCAUUUACCUCAGAGUUUUGGGAAUCAAAUGGAUGUAGAUUCUGGGAAAUUUUCAAAUUCUGGGUUUGUUUUACUCGAUUGCCCUCAAGCAAUGAGGAUAGAUAGUCGUAAUGCAUCUCUUGUUGGCUCAAUAAGUGAUUACUUUCUCUCUCUUUCCAACGGUUGGGACUUGACAAGUUAUCUCAAGUCUCUCUCAAAGGCUCUGAAGGCUUUGAAGCUUGGCCCUUGCAUAUCCACAAAUGCGAAAGAAGGAAGUAGUACUUCAUGUAUUGUAAUAUAUGUGGUAUGCCCUUUCCCUGAGCCAACAGCUGUUCUACAAACUGUUGUUGAAUCUGCUGUUGCUCUUGGUUCAGUUGUUUUCCAAUCAGACAGAGAAAGAAGAUCUAUGCUGCACAGUCAGGUUGCCAAGGCAUUAAGCUGUUCUGCAGCUGUGGAUGAGGCGUCAAUAUCAAAUGUAUUAGUGCUUUCUGGGUUUAGUAUUCCCAAAUUGGUGCUGCAGAUUGUUACAGUUGAUGCCAUUUUCAGAGUUACAAGUCCAUCACUUAGUGAACUUGUAACUCUCAAGGAGAUUGCGUUCACUGUUUACAACAAGGCUCGUCGAAUGUCACGUGGAUCUUCUAAUGAUGUCGUCCACUCAUCAUCAUUGUCCGCUAGGCCUCAUUCGGUCUUAUCACAAAUGACUUCCCACACUCCUGGAAUGUGGAAGGAUUGCAUAGGUCCUCGGAUUACAGGGCAUUCCCUGCCAAGAGAGGGUGAAAUUGAUUCUAGCUUGAGGUCUGGUGCCUGGGAUAAUUCAUGGCAAACAAGAGGUGGAUCAAUUGCCUGUGAUCCAAACAGAAUGGGAGAUUACUUUCUUCAUGAUGAAAUCCGUUACAUGUUUGAGCCACUUUUUAUCCUUGCUGAAGCUGGUUCUUUAGAAAAUGGGUAUACACCUUUUGCUUCUGGUAGUUCAGCCUCAGAAUCUUCAAAGUCUUUGUUGGACGAUAGUAGUGGAAGCUAUAUGCAGAGUUCAAGUUUGGUGGGAAGUGGUGAUGCUGCCUCAAACUCUCACAUUGAUGGAUCUGAUAUGGAUAAGAACGCUCCAAGCUUGCACUGUUGCUAUGGCUGGUCUGAGGAUUGGCGUUGGCUGGUAUGCAUUUGGACUGAUGCUAGAGGUGAAUUGCUUGAUAGCCAAAUAUUCCCUUUCGGUGGAAUUAGCAGUAGGCAAGACACAAAAGGUCUAGAGUGCCUUUUUGUUCAAGUUCUGCAACAAGGCUGUCAUAUACUUCAAGCUUGCUCCUCUGAUUCCGGUGUUGUGAGACCCAGAGAUUUUGUGAUUGCACGCAUUGGAAGUUUCUAUGAACUUGAAUAUCAAGAGUGGCAGAAAGCCAUCAAUUCAGUGGGGGGUUCUGAGGUGAAAAAAUGGCCCUUGCAAUUGCGGCGAUCUGUGUCCGAUGGGAUACCUGCAAGCAGUAACGGAACUUCCUUGCAGCAGCAGGAGAUGAGUUUGAUUCAAGAGAGAAAUCUACCUUCUUCACCAAACCCUCUUUAUGGUAGCCCUCACUCAAAAACAUCAAGCUUUAUGAAAGGUGGCUUAGGAGGUCAGCCUGCAGUAAGGAAGCACAUUAUGAGUGGACACACAGUGAUUGACAAUUCAAAGGGCCUGCUUCAGUGGGUACAAAGCAUCACCUUUGUUGCGAUUUCGAUUGAUCAUUCCUUACAUCUAGUUUCACAAGCAGAUUCACCAUCUCCUGGAGGAACACAAGCUGGUCUACACUCGGGGUCCUCGGGAUAUCUGGAAGGAUUCACCCCAGUGAAGUCUCUUGGUUCUACAUCGGCAUCUUACAUAUUAAUCCCCUCACCGAGCAUGCGUUUCCUCUCUCCAACACCACUUCAGCUUCCCACAUGCCUCACUGCCGAAUCCCCUCCACUCGCUCACCUACUUCACAGUAAAGGUUCUGCGAUCCCCCUCUCCACUGGUUUCGUGAUUUCGAAAGCCGUACCAUCUAUGAGAAAAGAUAGUAGGCACAACUUAAAAGAGGAAUGGCCUUCAGCUCUCUCAAUCAGUCUCAUUGAUCAUUAUGGCGGAAACAGCUUUAAUCUCGAGAAAAUCACCAGAGGUCCAAUAAAACAAGGGAGAAGGAGUUCAAGUUCAGAUCCAAAAGAAUUCGAAACCGAUACCCACUUAAUUCUCGAGUCUGUUGCUGCAGAGCUGCAAGCGCUCUCGUGGAUGACUGUGAGCCCGUCUUACUUAGAACGACGAACGGCCUUGCCUUUUCAUUGUGAUAUGGUUUUGAGACUUCGAAGACUUCUUCAUUUUGCCGAUAAGGAGCUUGCUCGGCAUUUAGAGAAGUCGCAAACUGGGUAAGAGGCUUACGAAUCGGCCAUUAUCUUGGUAGAUAUUUUCUCGAAGAAUGCACUUUUUCUACCAGAAAAUUGUACAUGAUUAUGAGGGUGAUGAUCUUUAGUGAUAAUUUUGUUCUUUUCUACUUUGUAGAGUAAAAAUGAAAAUAGCUUGAGUAGUGAGAGAUCUAAUUAUUGUAGCUAUUGUUAUUGUAGAUUUUGAAAGAUGUAUAUUAACCUUAAUAGAACUUAUUUAGUCAGUAAAUUUGUUGGUGGGGUUGAUAUUUUUCUCCCCAAGCUAGAAAGUAAUUAUCUUUAGAACCCAAUUUUGUCAGUCAUUUUUCUUUGAUCAUUUUUGUAAAACUGAUUAUAUCUCUUCCUUUUUGGUCUGAUAAUUUCUUUGCUAUUUAUAAUAGCUUAUUUGCUCA